GGUUCCGGACCCCGGCGGUCCGGAGGGUCUUCACCAACAGCCGGGAGCGCUGCAGGCAGCAGAACGUGAACGGGGCGUUCGCAGAGCUCAGGUACCUGAUCCCGACCCACCCCCCCGACAGGAAGCUCAGCAAGAACCAGAUCCUGCGCCUGGCCCUCAGGUACAUCGGCUUCCUGGACCGGCUCCUGACAGACCAGGACCCGAGGAGGGGCCUGGGCCCCCGAAAAUGGACCGGGAUCCUGGGGGAGGACGGACCGGACUGCAGCUCCCAGAGUUCAGAAGGAGACUCUGAUGGUCCCAUGGAGGAGCUGGGUCACCUGCAGGACCUCCAGGUCCAGAACCUGGAUCUGCAGAACCUGCAGGUCUUGAACCUGAACCUCCUGGACCUGCAGCUGACACAUCAGAUGGAUCCAGAGUCUUUCCUCUCACCUGAUUGGUCCUCAGCUGCUGACCUCUUGGACUGAACAGAUAACUGGGUUUUUUGAGACUUUUAUUGUGAAAAUCUUGUAUUUAAAGGGUUUUAUUUGAUGUUUCUCUGAAGAUAAACUGAUUUUAUGUGAUAUUCACAUUUCUCUGACACAUUGAGUGAAGUUCUGCCCACCAGCAGAAGAUCCAGUAACCAGAUUCAGUUUCUUUUAUUUUGAAGGAAACUUUGGUGCUUUUAAUGUUGUAAUUACAAACAAUUUUCUGCCCUU